UAUCGAGGCUUUGGUCAUUAGGAAGCGAACUAUACAAAGUUGGCGAAACACUUAACGGAAACUCAUGGCCUAUCCAUCUGACAGUCAGCUUCUGACUAAAAUAGAGAAAAUUCUACAUGAUGCCGACCUUUCCCAAGUAACAUCGAAAAAAGUUAGAUCAGCAUUAGAAGCUCACUUCAACAUUGAUUUGUCCAACGAAAAAUCCAAGUUGGAGACCAUGAUAAUGUCUACACUGGAGAAGUUACAGUCUUCAAAGUCCCAAAGUAAAAGUGACAGUAAACGCAUCAGUAGUCCUGAGAUAGAUGAAUUUACGGAAUCUGACGAGAGUUCUGAUAGUGAACCUGAAAAGCCAGCAAAAAAGAAGAAAAAGAAAACUUCUGAUGACGAAGAUUAUGCCCGGAGUUUGCAUGCCGAAGCUAAUGGUAUGAGACGAAGAAGCAGUUCCAGCACCAAACCAAGAUCUCAAAAACAAACAGGCGGCGGAAAAACAGGUUUCACACGUCCUUUAAUAUUAUCUGACGAGAUGGCUGAGUAUAUUGGUGAGAAAGAACUGUCCCGUUCUGAUUUGGUUAAAAAAUUCUGGGAAAUCGCAAGAGAACAAGAUUUAUUCGAUCCAAACAAUCGACAGUUUGUUGUAUGUAAUGAAGACUGGCAAAGAUUAUUCAAUCUUAAACGUUUUCGUAUGUUUGGAGUUGCAAAGCAUUUAAAACGACAUAUAAUUGGGUAACUUGAAAAAAAUUCAUUUCAUCAUAAGUAUAUUUCCUAUGUACCUCAGACUAAAUCUGUAAAUCUGUUUAUAACCUGACGUUUUCUCGUCAGCCUUAUUCCAAAUAAAUUUGAGCCAGAUGAUGUAUUUUAUUACUAUAGUCAGUCAGAUGCAACGUAGA